AUGGUCCUAAGAAUUUUGCUUUCAUUGCUUCUUACAACGUCUGCUAAUUGUUAUCCAGUUGAUAACCCACAAGAUCCAUUCGCCGAUUUGGUUAAACCGUACACUCCAUCUGGAGGUAUUGGCACUGAUAAUGAGACGGUUCCGUAUUAUCACCCGUUGUCAGAUUUUGAUUAUCAGUCACUCCUUGUUGGUCUCAAUCAAGAGUAUAUCGAAUUGGAUCUUUUCAACUACGGGCUCGCUAAGUUUUCUGAUAAAGAUUUCGAAGACGCUGGUUUAAGUUCUGCAGAUCGUGAGAUGAUUCACUUUAUGUCUAUUCAGGAAGUAGGACACGCAGAAUUAGUCUCUAACAUGUUGGGAGAAGGGGCACCAACACGUUGCAAUUAUACUUACCCAUUUGAAACUGUUCCUGAAUUUAUUGCUUUCGCUCAAGAACUUACAAGGUUUGGAGAAUCCGGAGUCUAUGGGUUUAUGAGUCAUUUAGAUUCUAGAGGAGUUGCAUCAUUAUUGUUGCAGUCAAUCACUGUUGAAGCACGUCAGCAAAUGAUUUUCAGCCAAUUUCAAGGAUUGAACCCAAUGCCUUUUGAUUUUAUUGUUGGUGUUCCACAAGCUUUUCUGUGGACAUUAUUGGCUCCGUAUAUCACUUCAUGCCCAGCUUCCAAUCCGAAAAUCGAAUUUUCUAAUUUUCCAGCUCUUAAAAUUUUAAAUGGUCCCGAUGCAUUAAGUAACUCUACCGGCGCUCGACCAGCAAUUUCUACUACUAAUAAUUCAUUAACUGAACCAGGCAGAAAAGUUGAGUUUUCCUGGGAGAAUCCAGGUCUACCAGUUGGGUGGAUUCCAGUAGAAAAUGCCAAAAACAUUAACUAUACCAAUGCUGGAGAUUAUAAUGGAAGUACUACUUCGGUUUUUAAUGGAAGUAGCAUUAUAAAUGAUGAAUCCGCUGGUGAAAGGCUUUACAGAACCAAUAGUCUUAGUACGGGUCCAGCGAAGUAUGCUGCAUGGAUUUCUCAACUCAACACUACAUAUACAGAACUUCACGAUGUAGAUCCUGGCAAUACUGCUUGGACUUUGCAGCCAAAUGCAACGGUGUUCCCACAAAGCAAUAAUACUAUUGUUAAUGGUACUGCUUUUGUUGUCUUGGUAGACGAAGCAAUUCCUGUAACUCCAUUCAACCUUACAAAAAUCAACGAGCAUGUCGUCGCUGGCCCCGCUCUUUAUCAAGCUAGUUGA